AAACCCAUUUCGUGGAGAGAAAAAAACAAGACAAACUUUGGUGUUCCAUUGAGAAAACCUCUUAAAAAAACCAUCUCUCUCUCUCUCUCUCUCUCUCUCUCUCUCUCUCUCUCUCUCUCUAGAACAUGAGAGUUUCAAUCUCAAUAUCGGACACGAUCGCAUGUUACUGUCUAACGGCACUUCUGGUCCUAACCCUAGCGAGCUCCUCCGUUAGGGACCCCCGUGGAAGCGGCGAAUUUCCGGCGAGAGAUAAAAUCUCCGGCGACGUGAGAGGGAGGAGGAUGAUGGAGAGGCCGUGCGAGGAGAUAUACGUGGUGGGAGAAGGAGAGACACUUCACAGCAUAAGCGACAAAUGCGGCGACCCGUUUAUCGUGGAGCGUAACCCGCAUAUCCACGACCCGGACGAUGUCUUUCCGGGUCUCGUCAUCAAAAUCACUCCUUCUUCUUCUUCGAAGAUCGUCGAUUUUCCUCGAUGAUCUACGAGCUGGGAAAAAAAUGACCCCUGAUUGUUUACUAUAUGUACAUGCAUAGUGGUUUACGUCUUAUACACGCAAAGGGAUAUAAAAAAAACGUCAUGGCCAUGGUUUUUUUUUUUUUUUUUUAUGUUUGAAGAUCACAUCGAUGUUUGAUCUUUUUGUUUUCCCUUUUGGGCAUUAUGGACCGAUGAAAUUGUAUAUGAUGGAUUGUUUA